AUGGUAUGGCCGUUCGGAUCGCAGAGUUCCGACAAGGGCAAUGGGGGGAAAUCCCAGGAACAGACGAAACGACCAGCCGUGUCAUGGACGCAGUCGCUAGGCAGCCCUGACCCGGAUCCUUUUGCUGCCGCCAAAGAGUGGGCGCCUACGGUUUUGUUCUCGCUCACGGGUCUUGCUGCCCUGCAAUUGUACGCAAAUUACCUUCGUCGGAUACCUGGAGCUGCCUAUGUUCGACCCAACUUCUUCCGCAACAGGAGUCUCUUUGGCCGAGUCACAAGCGUUGGCGAUGGUGAUAACUUUCACUUCUUCCAUACCCCAGGCGGUCGGGCGGUGGGCUGGGGCUGGUUGAGAAAAGUUCCAGAAUCUCGCAAAGAGCUGAGGGGUCGGACGAUUCCCAUCCGCAUCGCCGGUGUUGACGCUCCCGAAGGCGCCCAUUUUGGGAAGCCAGCACAGCCAUUUGCAGCCGAAGCUCUCGACUGGCUGACCAACUACAUCCUCAACCGCAACGUCCGAGCCUACAUCUACAAGCGAGACCAAUACGAGCGAGUCGUGGCGACGGUCUAUGUGCGGCGGUUCCUGUUCCGAAAGGACGUGGGCCUGGAGAUGAUCAAACGCGGACUGGCGACGACGUAUGAAGCAAAAUCCGGGGCCGAGUUUGGGGGCAUGAAGGAGGUCUACGAAAAGGCGCAGGCCAAGGCUAAGCGGAAACGAAAGGGCAUGUGGUCUGGCAAGCCAAGCGAGUUUGAGAGCCCGAGAGAGUACAAGACGAAGUGGGCGGCACAUGAUAAGAGCAACAGCUCUUGA